AUGGGCAAGCUUCUUGCACUUCUAUUCUUUCAAGCAAUAGUGAUCUUGAAUGCAAAGGAAAAUGUGACAUCAGAAAUCUCGAAGCACGUUUUGCAGACUCCCAACGACAUCUCCACCGAUGAACACAAAAAUAGCAGCAAUGCAGAAUCAAUCCCACAAAAUUUAAAAGAGAAGCGAGACGACGAAGCUGCAACAAACAACCAGACAAGAUCACUAAACAAUGAACAUGUGAAAAUGAGUGACGUGAAAGAUGGGAACGGAACGAACCGUGCAAUCGAAAGCCAGUCCACAGGAGCAAGCAAGGCAGAAGCUAAACAAAGCGAUGUAAGUGCGAAGGACAGCGUAGAAAAUUCAACUUUGUUCUUGAAUAAAGAAACCAACGAGCAUUCAACUGACGGAAAGAAAGCUGAUGAGAGCAAGGAAAAGCCAGCUGAGCAAGAAAACUCAAAGAAAAAGGACGAAAAGCACGAUCCUACUGUUCACUCGGUUAAUCACAGUAUACAUUACGUAUUUCAUGGUUGA